UCCUUUACCUCCACUAUAAAGCCUCUUGGGUUCUCAAGCACUUAGACUCAGAGCACCCUACCCUGGGGGUCAGCAGACAGCCAUGAUGCUCAACUGGAAGCUGCUGGGGCUCCUGGUCCUUUGCCUGUGUGCUGGAGGCAUCUCAGGCAGUGGGGACCCCUCUCCCAGACCCACAGAAGCCCAAGAAGAGGAGGACUCCUCGGCAUUGCCCCUGGGCCCCCCAAUUCCUGGGGACCCCUGGCCAGGGGUCCCUCCUCUGUUUGAUGAACCUCCACCCCCAGGCCCCAACCGUCCCUGGAGAGACCUACCUGAUGCUGGUGUCUGGCCCCCAGAGCCCCCUAGCACCAAUCCCCCUCAACCUCCUCUGCCUGAUGACCCCUGGCCAGCAGGAACCCAGCCCCCAGAAAACCCCUGGCCACCUGCCCCUGAGAUGGACCAUGGAUCUCAGGAGGAGCCAGACCUUGACCCACCCCAGGAAGAGUACAGAUAGGGAGGAGCCCCAGGGAACUUGGGUGAGCGUCCUCAGAACACACCCAAGCCCACCUCUUUCCUCUGCUGCCCCCUUAGAAUCUCAAUUUUUCCUAAUUGCUUAGCUCGCUACCUAAGGCUCUGGUUGGAUUGUGUUCAGGUGUCUAUGUUCUGCAACCCCCAUCCCCCUCACCUUGAGGUCCAGGUUCAGCCCCUAACCCCCCCUCACCUUGA